ACUGCUUGAAUUCGUAAAAAAAUUUGUUUGGCUUUAGUUUUUCAAAAUUUGGUGAUGUGAUUACCAAACAGUUUCCAAGUGUUACCAGCGUUUCAAAGAACUGCACAGAGAGUGCAGCCCGCAAAGAAUCAUAAAAACCUAAAACAUUUGUAUAUCUAUAUAUAAAAAUAAAAAGAGAACUGAUCGGCGGAAAAGAAAGAACGGAGAGAUGCCACUCUUUGCCCGUAAAUCCACAAAGAACUCUUCGGAUCACAGCGACAUCAGCCAGGACAGCAAGGGACGCUCCUCGCUGACAUCCACAAUGAUGCACAACAACAACAACAACAACAAUGGUCAUCAUCAGAAUAACAACAAUGAGCUGGACAAGAAGCCGCCGUUAAUCUUUCACUGUCAGCUGGCACACGGCAGUCCGACGGGUCUAAUUACCGGUUUCGCCAGUGUUCGUGAGCUGUAUAAGAAAAUUGCCGAAUGCUUUGAUAUAUCCGAGGAGGAUAUACUCUUCUGCACCCUCAACUCGCACAAGGUGGACAUGACACGACUGCUGGGCGGUCAGAUUGGCUUGGAUGAUUUCAUCUUUGCGCAUCGCAAGGGUCGCGCCAAGGAGAUUGAGAUUGUUAAGACACAGGAUGCCCUCGGGUUGACCAUCACCGACAAUGGAGCUGGGUAUGCGUUCAUCAAACGUAUCAAGGAUGACUCCAUCAUUGAUCGCAUCGAGCACAUUUCGGUGGGGGAUCACAUCGAGAAGCUGAAUGGUGUCAAUAUGGUGGGCAAGCGGCAUUACGAAGUGGCACGCAUGCUCAAGGACAUUGCCACGGGCGAUACGUUUACGUUGCGCCUAGUGGAGCCGGUGCGCAGCGGUUUCCAGGGCAUCGGGCCGCGCAGCCAGUCGCGUGCCUCAAGCUCCGGCGGCGGUAUCGGUGGCGCCAAUGGCGGACGCAACUAUGGCAGCGGCAAGGAGACGCUACGCUUCAAGGCGAAUGGUAAUGCCCAGAUUGAGGCCAAAUUCGACGAGGCGACGACGGCGGGCGUUGAGGCAAUUAACAAUCUGCUGGAAUCCUUUAUGGGCAUCAACGAUACGGAGUUGGCGUCCCAGAUCUGGGAUCUGGGCAACAACAAGUCCAAUUCCAUGGACUUUGCCGAGGCCAUCGACAGUUCGGAUCUGGAAUCUUUCGGAUUCACCGAUGAUUUCAUCAUCGAACUCUGGGGUGCUAUAACCGAUGCGCGUCGCAAAAGCAAUUAGAAACUAUUCAAUCCUAAUCCAAAAUUGUUGCAUUUUUCGAGUUCGUUCGAGUUCUUAGACAAGUAAUAAAACGCUUAACUAAU